AAGAGCCACAUUUGCUUUGCUAUACAUAUAUACCUUUCUUGGUUUUACAUAUCUAAAUCAUUAUUAUCCAAUUAAGCUAAGUAAUUAACCUCUCUUUUUUUUGCUUCAAGUUAUGGGAUUAUUACAUCCUUGUUCACUUCUUCUUGCUGCAUUCUUCAACCCCUUCUUUCUUCUAUGCCUUCUCGUCUCGUUGCUUAACGUAUCUUUUGCUUCUACUUCUUUCUAUGAAGAAAACCCAAAGUAUAUGCACCCGCACCCGCACCCUUACAUCGAAGAGGCGAGCGCGUUUGGAUCAUCAUCAUCAACACCGUAUGAAGGAGGAGGAGGCUUAUUGUCAUCGUCGUCUUACGGUGGGAAAGCAGCUUAUGAUUACAUAAUAAUAGGGGGUGGAACAGCAGGUUGUCCGUUGGCAGCCACACUUUCACAACACUUUAGUGUACUACUCUUGGAAAGAGGAGGUGUUCCCUUUGACAAGUUCAAUGUGAGCUUCAUGGAGAAUUUCCACAUAUCAUUGGCUGAUACUUCUCCCAACUCGGCUGCCCAACAGUUUAUAUCCAUGGAUGGUGUUAUCAAUGCAAGGGCUAGAGUCUUAGGUGGUGGAACUAGCAUCAAUGCUGGCUACUACUCUAGGGCUAGUCCAAGCUUUGUGAAGAGGGCAGGGUGGGAUCCAGAGCUAGUAAACGAAGCCUACCCUUGGGUUGAGGAUCAAAUAGUGCACGCGCCAAAGCUUGCGCCAUGGCAAGCAGCAGUGAGAGAUGCUCUUCUGGAGGUUGGGGUGUCACCAUUCAAUGGAUUCACCUUCGAUCACAAGUACGGAACCAAGAUCAGCGGCUCAAUUUUCGACGAACAAGGUCGCCGUCACACUGCCGCUGAGCUCUUGGCUUCAGCUGACCCUGAAAAUCUCGACCUCUACAUCCAUGCAACCGUCCAUAAGAUCGCAUUUGACACUCAAGGAGAAAAGCCAAGGGCAGUGGGAGUAAUCUUCAAAGAUGAAAAUGGGAAACAACAUGAAGCAUUCCUAUCAGAAAGACAAGGAAGUGAGAUAAUCUUGUCAAGUGGAGCAAUUGGGAGCCCUCAGUUGCUUCUUCUAAGUGGUAUCGGACCCGAAGAAGAUCUCAAAAACAACAACAUUCCUGUAAUCCUUGACAACCAGUUUGUAGGAAGAGAUGUGCAAGAUAAUCCUCUCAACACUAUUUUCGUCCCGUUUAAGAAGGAACUACCACAGUCUUUGCUUCAAACUGUUGGGAUAACCAAGAUUGGUGUCUACAUCGAAGCUAGCAAUGGCUACGGUCAGUCCAGUAAUAGCAUCAAGCGACACCAGGGUAUCGUCUCUGCUGAGAUUGGGCAGCUAUCAACAAUUCCUCCAGAGGAAAGAACAUUUGAGGCAAUCCAAGCCUACAGAGACAUGAAGCAAGACUUACCCUUUGAGGCAUUCAUGGGUGGGUUUAUCCUAGGAAAGGUAUCCAAACCCAUAUCCAGAGGCCAUUUAAAGCUUAACACCACUAACAUCGACGAUAAUCCUAUACUCACCUACAAUUACUUCAGUCACCCAAGAGAUUUGCAAAAAUGUGUUAAAAGUAUACAAAUGAUAGAGAAGAUAGUCAAAUCCAAGCGGCUCGCUAACUACAUUAACUCUGACCAUCUAACCAUGGAGAAGUUGCUGAAUAUGAGUGUUCAAGCUAAUAUUAACCUCAUCCCAAAGAACACCAAUGAUAUUCAGUCCUUGCAGCAGUUCUGCAAAGACACUGUGAUUACCAUGUGGCAUUACCAUGGAGGCUGCCACAUGGGCAAGGUUGUAGGACCUGACUAUCGAGUUCUUGGAGUUGACAGCCUUCGUGUUAUCGAUGGGUCCACCUUCGAUCAGUCCCCAGGAACCAACCCUCAAGCAACUGUCAUGAUGAUGGGAAGGUACAUGGGAAUGAAGAUCGUCAUGGAAAGACUCGGGGAAGGUGCUUAAUUAAUGUAUAGAAAUGAGUUCAGAGAAAGGCUGUAGUCAAUAAGAACUACACUUGUUCUCUUACCCAACUUUGAGUUUAACAUGUCCUGUAUUUUCUUCUUCUUUUUUCUACAUACAUCAAACAGAAUUCUUUUUUACUAUUUCUUUAGUUUCAAAGUAUAGGUUAAUAUUCUCGUUUUCUAAAUUAACAUGAAGAAAGAGAACAAAGUUAGAAGGUGAUGAAAUCGGAAAUUAAAAACAGAUUUUCACCAAA